ACUUUCCUCUGCUGGAACUAAAGGUGCGUUUUAGAUCUCAAGUUGCGAAUUUUGGCAUCCAAUUUUAGCUUGAUUUUUGUUGAGAUUGGUAUCAGAUUCCAUUCCAGCGCCGUAAUUGCAUUGGUUUUAGAUGAUCGUUCGUAUGUUCUCAGCAUUGAUUUCUGCACGAUUUGGUUGUUCUUCUCUUACUAAAAGUUAUCGACUUUGGAAUUGCUCUGCUGUUUUUGGAUGUCAAUUGAACUGAUCAGUUUACUUUUAAUGUUCAUUUUUUCUGCUCGGUUUGAUUAAAGAUUCACUGUAGCUUCAAUUCUCAUGAUCUAUGACCGAAAGGCAAAAAUGGAAGGGACCACGGUGUUUACACCUGCUUUAGACGGUAUGAAGCAUGUCAAGUCUGAACAAGGAGAAAUGCUUACAAAGCCCUUUUUGGAAGUCUGCAAGCUCAUUUUACCUGUUAUAGGUUGGUAUAUAGUUCGAUGUCUGAGCUUUGUGUUAUCUGUAACUGUUGGAUUUAAUUAUUCACCUUUUGGAUCAAAAGAGAGACUUUCUUUGUUUCUUGUUCAUUUGAAGUAGGAGGCAAUCCAUCGGCAAGAAAAUAAAAGGUCUAGGUUGAACCGGCAUGAUUCUUUCAAGCUUAUCAAUCUUGCUGCAUUCUCAUAAUAUUGUUGGCAGUAGUCACUCACAGUUUAUUUUUAUACAUCGAGUCACCUGUUUUAGACACAGAUUGCCAACCAUUUUGCUCAAAUUUGUUCCAAGAUGAUGACUUGCCGGAGACAUUUUGGGCCGUUCAUAAUUUGUUUUGUAUUUUAUGUCAGAAAAAUUUGGAGCUGCUCUGGCACUUGUCAAAUCUGAUAUUGGCGGUAACAUAUCGAGGCUAGAAACCAAGUAUUUGUCCGAUCCAGCUCAAUUUAGUCAGUUGUAUAGCUUUGUACAAGUAGAGGUUGCAGCUAAGACAGCAAAAGGCUCAUCCAGUUGCACUAAUGGUCUUCUUUGGUUGACAAGGGCCAUGGAUUUCCUAGUGGCAUUGUUCCGUGAUUUAGUGGAUCACCCAGACUGGACCAUGUCUCAGGCUUGCACUGAUUCCUACACCAAAACAUUGAAAAAGUGGCAUGGAUGGCUUGCAAGUUCCAGUUGUACGCUCGCUAUGAAGCUUGCUCCGGAUAGGCAGAAGUUUAUGGAUGUGAUAGGUGGCACUGGCGAUGUCGUUGCCGAUAUGGAAAAGUUCUGCAGUACCUUUUCACCCUUACUGGAGGAAAACCACAAAUUCUUGGCUAGCGUUGGAUUGGAUGAUCUCAAAGCAUCUUAAAGCUCAGGAGUCAGGAUGAAACCAGUUGUGGCCUUGUGGGAUCUGCAUCCAUAUGAAAAGUGCUCUACCUUUUAGUUUUGCAAAUUUUCUCCAUCAAAAUCUUCUUUUAUCUCCGCGCAAGAUUUGCCCUUGUGUUACUUGCUCUGAUGAUACUUAUCUUAGUAGGGGACUAGGAUAAUUUUCUUCAUUAGGUGGAUGUUGCAUAUUUGAUCUUCUGGGAGAGAUGAGUUUUCUCCUGGUUAUGAUUUGUAUCAAAAUAAUUUAUUACUUGUACUCGUAUGUGGUAAUCUUUCCUUUUAAAGAAAAGGGGACAUCAGUUGUGACGCUGGCUGUAACGCAAAGUGCGCUCGAUAAUUUUGGUCCCAGUGUGUUCAUAUUUUCUCAUUUCAAUUGACGUAGUAAAGUUUGAAGAAUUUACUUAAUAUUGCUUUGUUGAAUUGCGUAUGAUGACCGAAGCUUAACCUUGAGCCCAAAUAGGUGGGUUUAACUCCGGUUAGUUGUAGUGGUAAGCGGUCUGACUUUAACGGCUUUUGGCAACAGUUAUAUAUUCUUCAAUUUUCUCCAUCGGCUGGAUUGGAUGUUUAACACGAAAAUACGAAAUUGGGAACACCACCGAAUAAAUCCAUAUUGUAGCUGUUCCAAUUUCCGCUUCUUUUCCAAAAUUACAUAUAAAGUAUUUUAGGGGAGGUAACGGUGAUCGGUUCCACGGGGAGUUAGGGACAAUGGAUAUAGGGCUUCGGAUAAGGAAAAAUUCAGCCGGAAAUAUCGAGAUUCCAAUCAGGAUCACAAUAAGAUCGGUGGGAAAUUAGACGAUCAGGACAAUUCGGAGGAUUUGAUGUGUGUGU